GGGCCGACCUUGGGGCAGAUUACUUUCAGCCAAUCAAACGGUCUCGUAAGAGUCACAGACAAUUGCCUAGGCUCUUCGCCCUAGGUUUCCGCCCGCUCCCAACAACCACCACUGCUCGAACCUCAACCACCAGCCAGCAGCCUCGCCAACGUUUCAACCCUGUCUGCCUGUGACGAACGUCCAUAGCUCUCGCUGCGACCCGAAGAUUACACCAGUGUCAUAUUUCUCCCAGAGAACCAUAAUUACGUCUCAAAUUGCCGACAGCACCCAACCUGACUAUUCGAGAGUCGCGGUCGCCUACAUUCCCGUCAACCAGACUAAGGGUGCUACCAUCAUCACAUCCCUCGCCGACGACACGUAAGACGCGUAACGCGACGUCAGCAACAAGGUUCUGGCCAGCAUUUCCUGCGAAGCGACUUGAACUUAUAUACGCGGGUCAACCUUCAGUCAUCCGCUAUCCAUCUACGCAAAGCAUUCUAAAAGAUUGCCGACAUCAGUCUUUGACUACCCAUCAACAGUUAGCAAGACUUACCGUGACAAAAAUGAUGCCCGCGCCCCACGUUUACGGUCACCACCAAUUUAACCCACAGGCUGACGCUUCUUGGAUGCACCAGCCCCCGGGCCAUCACCAACAUGCCCAACAGACUGCUGCCGCCGCAGCGUCAGCAGCGCAACAGCAACACUACAACCGCCUUACUGGUGCUCACAACAAUGUAGCCUCGCUUGCCAGUACACAUGGUCAGGAUACGGGGCACGAAAACAUAUCCGAAGACAACCGACGCACAAUGGCCUACAUUGCCGAUUUAUUGAAUGAAAGCACGCGUGAGGCGGCUCUGCUCGAGCUGAGCAAGAAGAGAGAGCAGGUACCGGAACUGGCCUUGAUACUCUGGCACUCGUUCGGUGUCAUGACAUCGUUGCUUCAAGAGAUCAUCUCCGUCUAUACCCUCUUGAAUCCGUCUCAACUCACUGCAGCCGCAUCGAACCGUGUUUGCAAUGCUUUGGCCCUCCUCCAAUGUGUGGCCUCCCACAAUGAUACUCGUAACCUUUUCUUGAGCGCACACAUUCCUCUUUUUCUCUAUCCUUUCCUCAACACUACAUCUAAGUCCAGGCCUUUUGAGUACCUCCGUCUGACCUCACUCGGUGUAAUCGGGGCCCUCGUCAAGAACGAUUCCUCCGAGGUCAUCAACUUCCUCCUGACGACCGAGAUAAUCCCUCUCUGUCUUCGUAUCAUGGAGACAGGCUCGGAGCUCAGUAAAACAGUGGCCAUCUUCAUUGUUCAGAAGAUUCUUUUGGACGACAGUGGGCUCAACUACAUUUGCGCUACCUACGAACGCUUCUACGCAGUCGGCACCGUUCUCAGCAACAUGGUCGCUCAGCUAGUUGAGCAGCAGACCGCUCGUUUGCUGAAACAUGUCGUUAGAUGCUUCCUUCGACUGAGCGACAAUGCCCGGGCGCGCGAGGCUUUGCGGCAGUGUCUUCCCGAGCCGCUUCGCGAUGCCACGUUCUCCAACGUUCUUCGUGAUGAUGCAGCUACGAAGAGAUGUCUAGCCCAGCUACUCAUCAAUCUCUCCGACAACGUUGUCGAGUCGAAUGCAGCAAGUCAUGUAGGGCUAUGAUGCAGUCGACUUACUUUAGAAUCCAUGUACAGUAUAUACGGCGUACGGUGGGUACUGUCCACUUCUGCUGAGGGCACUCUAGCUCUACGGUUUACCAACAUAGAUAUUCCUCACCCUCUCAAGCGCUGUCAGCCAGGGCAAGAUUGCUGGUGAGGGGAAGGAAGGAGGCUUAGAAGCGUACUUCUACAGCCAUUCAGCUUGUUGUUGCCGUAUCUUAUUUUGCCUUGGCAAGGAGUAUGGCAUGGUAAAAGCAUUAUACCCACGGUUUUGGCGUUGAGGUGUCGGAGGAAAAUUACCGUCUGGUUUUUGUCUGGGGUUUCUUCGCAUCGAGUGAUGGACAGAAUAAAGGGACGGGAAGUGUUAAGCUCGAGGCAGAGCGAACGGUGAUUAGGAGAAGGGCCAUCAUUGUAACACUGCUCUUGUAAAUGACACGGAUAGAAUGUACGAAGACAACGAUAACA